GAGCUGUCUUGCCCGGGGCAGGCAGGACCUGAGGUGCCCUGCCCACACUGUGUCUGGCAGGACACGUCCCUGCUCCUCGCCAUCACUGUUACUGGGAUCACUGUGCUCUUGUUGGCCCUGAGGAACAAGAACGUAAAGAAGAGACAUCCUAUUACCUUACAGCACCCUGAAGCCAAGUUCCUGCUGCCCCUGAUUGAGAAAGAGGGGACGGGCCAGCCUUCCCCCUCUGCUCAAAUCAGCUACAACACUCGGAGGUUCCGCUUUGGACUGCCCUCGCCGGACCAUGCCUUAGGGCUUCCUGUAGGUAACUUUUUAAUUUUUCUGUAGGUAACUGUGUUAAUCUCUUGGCCGGCCAAGAUUGAUGGUGUGUUGGUGGUCAGGGCUUACAUGCCUGUGUCCAGUGAUGAUGAUCUAGGCUUUGUGGAGUUAAUUAUCAAGAUCUACUUCAAAAAUGUACUACACCCUAAUCAUCCAGAAGUGGGGAAGAUGACUCAGUACUUGGAGAACAUGAAAACUGGGGACACCAUCCUUUUUCAAGGGUCAUCCGGGCGCCUGUUCUAUCGUGGGUCAGGGAAGUUUGCGUUCAAACCAUACAAAACGAGUGAGCUUGAAAAUAAACUGGUCCAUCACCUGGGAAUGAUUGCUGGGGGCACAGGGGUUACACCCAUGCUGCAGCUCACCCGCCGCAUCACCAAGAAGCCCAGUGACAAGACCAGCAUGUCCCUCGUCCGUGCCAACCAGACAGAGGAGGAGAUCUUGGUGAGAAAGGAGCUUGAAGAAGUUGCCAGAACUCACCCAAAGCAGUUCAACCUGUGGUACACCCUGGACAGGCCUCCUGUUGGCUGGAAGUACAGCUCAGGCUUCAUUACUGAGGACACGACCAAGGAGCAUCUCCCUCCUCCCGGGAGGUUCUCGUUCAUCCUGGUAUGUGGCCCACCACUCCUGAUCCAGAGAGCCGCGUGCCCUAACUUGGAGAAACUGGGUUUCACCAAGGACAUGAUUUUCACCUACUAAUGCCUCCCUUGCUCUUAGCAAAUUUGCCUGGUCCCGUUCAUGUUUCACAGUGAGCUCAGCUUCACCACGUUAUGCUGGGAAGUGUUCAAAAGUCCCUCGUAAUGCAUCCUCCCGUACGCUGGCGCUCCUUCCUCUCUUUUGGUGUGGGGCUAAGAAAAAGGCUCAAGAGACUGAAGAUAAAGUAGCUUCUGAGACCUCCUUGCUUGAAGAGGCUUGAAGGAAUUCCAUUUCAGCAUCUUUUUCCAUAGUUUAGUGAAAUAAAAUUCAGUGCAAAGCAGAUAGCCAUUGAAUGUGGCUCUGUGGGGCACCUGCUAGACAGGUAGAAGGCCUUGGGCCUGCCCCACAUGUGAAUUGGCAUCUUGUGUCCCUGGGGGGUCACAAUGGUCAAAAAUGCUGGGGCAGAACUCCAGGAGAAUCCAAGGGGGGUCGUGUCAACUCCCAAUUUCUCUUCAACCCCUCUUUCUAGAGUGUUGUUUUUAAGGUCACGCUUAUCAGAGGGCUCAGGCAUCCUCCAUGUGCACUCUUUCUUCUCUUGUAGGAGACCUUGAAAUGGAAAUGGUGUUAAAAAUACACAUCAGGGCAAUAGUCAAGGUGGGCUCCAAGAAUCCUGGACUCCCUGCACUUUAUACCACAAAUGGAGGUAAGGGGUGCUUCUUUGUUAAGGAUCCUCUAAAUGCCAGACCCAAUUCUGGUGUGGUCAGGUAGGUGUGGUUAGUACAGAAGCUUCUGAACUUGCAAACAAAAUUAGGUUCCUGGGGCUAUUCAUUAAAUCCUUCAUAUUUAUUGCAAAGGGUAUAAGUGUUCACUGUCACCAUCUGUUGUUUAUGGUCAGGAUGACAUGCUGUUGCUUUAUCUGUGACUGGAUGAAACCACUUAUGCUCUUGAUUUUUUUUUAUUACUUCUGCUCUUGAAGUAUAGUUGAUUUAAUUUAUAAUGUUUCAGGUGUACAGCAAAGUGA